AUGGGAACAGGCGACCUAAAUUUACUCAAAUCGUGGAACCCCCAUCUGUUAAAAAACAAAAAGAAGGUAUGGGAAACAGAACAACAAGCCCUCGCUGAACACCAGAAAAUAAAACAAAGGCAGGUUGAACUCGAAAAAGAACGCUCACUGGAUCAGCUAGCGUCUAUGAACGAGAAUGGGACCGUUUCGAAGCGUAAAAAUGGUCUAGAGUGGAUGUACAACGAUAGUCCAACCAAAACAUCACAGAAUGAGGACUUUCUUUUGGGAAGAAGGGAGAUAGAUGACAGUGUAUUGAAGCAAACCAAGAAGGAUCAGCAAACAAGAAACGUCGGAUACCAAGAUACUUCCGUAAAAUAUAGAGAGUCCUCUAAAGUAGAUGCAUCUAUAUUGAACGAGGAUCCUAUAAUGGCGAUUAAAAGACGCCAGUUUAAAAAAAAUUACCCGAGUUACAAGACCAUCUAA